GCAGCCAUGAUGAAGUUCAGUCUGCUUGCGAUAUGUUUACUCUCCGUUACUCAAAGUAAAGAUAUUUCUAUCAUAAAGUACGGAGAAGAGCUGGACCCAGACAAACAGAUAGCAGAAGGUAAUCUGAAGAUAGAAGAUGAGAUAACCAAAGUGAAGACUGAUCUGUCGGAGGUGGAGACGGAAUUGUUGGACACUUCUGUGUUUGCUGGGGCUGAUAUUAACCAGGUGCAACACCCGGAGGUAGAUUCUGAGGAGGAUCUGAUAGUAGAUGUAGAUGAUGUGAAGGACCAGCAGCGGAUAACUAUAAAAGCUAAUGAGACAGACACUGAUAUAGAGAUAGAUAUAGACAGGGAGGACAGAGAGAGCGUGGAUGUUCAAUUUGAUGUGGACCAUGACGGAGAGUCACACAGAGUAACGCUUGAUGAUGAAGGUAACAUGAUUAAAGAGGAAUACAGAAUAGACGAUCAAGAACUCAACGUUUAUGUAGAUGAGUACACUGGUGACGAUUUCGAAUACGAGACAAAUAACGACGAAAUAGAGGUGGAAGUGUAUGUAGAUAUAGACGAUCAGGAUCUAGAUCUCACUGACUACAUAGAUUUCGACAUUGGUCUGUGGGGUGAGAAGGACGACAGUGCAGAUGAUGAUAUCUUCAUUUCCGGGAGGUACGAAAGUAAGAAGAGGAAGAGGGGAGACGAGGAGGAGAUUCAGUUGUCCCCGCAAGAUGCCACAGAGUUCCCACCUUUACCAGGUGCUCUCAUGGUUAACCCUCUCUGUUCUGCUGAAGUUCCAUUUCUGGACAUGCCUGAGCAUGUGGUUAUCAAACAAGGCAGGAAGUUCCAAGUGAGCUGUAAUGUUCCGGAGAGUGUGACUGUUCUUGAAUACGAAUGGGUGAAGGUAAACAAGGAGACUGAAGAGAAGGAGACCAUGACACGUGACAGUGAACUGACUAUAAACAAUGUUAACUGUGCCCGAGGUCACGCAGCAAUGUAUCAGUGCAAGGCAACAUAUCUCUGUGACGACGAGGAAGGUAACACCAUCACCAGCACUGCAGAGUCUGGGGAGGUGACACUAAUGGUGGACAGAGGUUUCGUCAGUAAUCCCCUCUGUCAGAUAUUCGGGGAUCCUCACGUGAUCACAUUCGAUCAGAAGAUAUACAGCUUCCAGGGAGAAUGUACGUAUCUGCUAGCUAUGGACGCCUCAGAAGGUAGCUGGUUUAUUUACGGUAGAUUCGUGAAGUGUGGAUCUGAUGGAACCUGCCUGGAUAGUGUUACUGUUUAUGUUGAUGGGUACGCUAUUGAGCUGCUCCGAGGAUGGGUCAUCAACCAGAACGGUAAGAAAAUGCCAAUAAAAGAAGGAAAGAGACUGUACCCAGACGAUGCUAUGACUAUCUAUUACGAUGGGUACGAGGUCUUCAUGGAGCUCCACACACCUCAGAUUCAGAUUAUCUGGGACGGGCUCAUGAGUGUCAAGAUAGAGAUAGCGUCGAGACAGAAGACACUGGGUCUAUGUGGUAACAAUAAUGACAAUCCUAAUGACGACUUCAUGACUUAUUGGGGACAAGUAUUGGACGAUAAGGAGGAGUUUGGGCACAGACAAGCUGUAGACAGAAAAGGUAUCUGCAAGAAGCCCCCAACACAAACCAGCUUUAUCGGCGACUCAACUGAGGCACGUGAUCACUGUGAAAAAGUACUUCUUAAUGGACUCUUCACGUUCACCAGUGAGUACUUUGAGAACCAAGCAACACAGAGGGGAAGUGCUCAUACACUUUACAGGUCAGAUAAACUGAUGGAGAUGUGUGUAUUUGACUUUAUGUCACAGAUGGGUAUUGAUACACUGUCCCCCCAGUGUUACGCUGGUUACAACUAUGUGUCCAUGUGUAAGAGGCUAGGAAUCUGCAUACCAGAGGGAUGGCAGAAUUCUACAGGAUGUCUCCGCAAGAGAGAGCUCCAAGAUAUUACAGUCAGUCAGGGCUGUCCCUGGGACACCAACGCUUUACCCUUCAUCAGAGACUAGACUCAAGCAGAUAGGAUGAAAUACAGAAUGAAAAACAGAGUGAAAGUCUAGGAAUAGAUAUCAGAAUAUAAACAGAGAAAGAUGGGCUUCAGUGCCAUUUGAAUGACAAAAAACUCUGUACUUAUGAUGGUAAUAUGCGAACUAUGCUGAUUGUAACUUCCGAGAGGUCUUUUAAUUUGUGGGUCUGAAAGGGGUAUUAUUUCUUGAACUCAACCUAUUUUCAUAACAAAUUUUUACCUUAUCCAUCAAAAAAUAUUGUGUUGAAAUGAUUGUGCUAUGUUUACCUUUUUAAGAACUUUUUUAUCCA